AUGGAUAGUCUUCCUCUUCCCUUCAUCAUCCUCUUGAUCACUCUAUUGCACAAUUCAUCAGCCUCAGACUCAGGAUGCCGGUCCACAUGUGGCUCUCUCCAGGUUAAUUACCCCUUUGGCACCGGCUACGGUUGCGGCUCACCCCGCUUUCAACCCUAUGUAACCUGCAACUCCAAUCAGCUCCUGCUAACAACCCACACCGGCUCUUAUCCGAUCACCUCCAUAUCUUACAAAGAUUUAACCCUUACCAUCACGCCACCCUACAUGUCCACAUGCAACUCCAUGCAACAAUCACCCAACUUGGGCCUUGACUGGGCCAGCCCUUUCCAGCUAGGUCCGUCAGUUUUCCUCCUCCUUUCAUGCACUUCCCCUACGUCUUCCCUCACCAUCAAGGGCUCUCCUGUCUGUGAUCCUUCCUCCUCCCACCUCUGCGACUCUAUCUACGCUUGCCCUUCCGUCAUCAACCUCGGCCUCCCACUGUUCCCGCCUACCAACACCUGCUGCGUGUACUCGCCAGCGGAUUUUAACAGCAAAGGUGAGUUGGACCUACAUGCAAUGAAAUGCUUAGGGUAUGCACCGAUUGCCUCCUUCCAGGAUUCUCCGACAGACCCUAGCAAAUGGCAGUAUGGGGUGACAUUGAAGUACACAAAUGGAGCGUUUGAUGAUUAUUACUUGAACAACAAUUGCAAUACUUGUGAGGAUAGUGGUGGUAUUUGUGGAUAUUCUCCUCCUAGUAAUUCAUUUGUCUGUGCAUGUAACAAUGGUUUCAACACAAGUACAGAUUGCUACAAUAACCACUAUCCGGUUCAGGGUUAUGAGUAUCUUAUUGGAAGUUCCACUUCAUUACCAACCUGUAUGGGAAGAUUUGGCCGGGACUAUUGGCUGGUCUGGUUUUCUGUCUUGCUACUUGAGUUGGGAGAGAGGAAGAAGGAUCAAGGGCCAUGGCCCCAUUGGGGAGAGGAUCCUCUGUCUUUUUGA